AUGGAUGUCAAGAGUAGAAAUUAUUUACUUAUGAAUCGCCAAGCAUUGGAAAAAGACAUCAAGACUUCCUAUAUUAUGGAUCAUAUGAUUUCUGACGAAGUGCUAACAUUACAGGAGGAGGAGAGAGUAAGACAACAGAAUACACAGAAGGAGCGAGCAGCAAUGCUAAUAAACAUUAUUCUUACAAAAGAUAAUAAUUCAUAUAGAUCCUUCUAUAAUGCACUACUUCAUGAAGGAUACAGUGAUCUUGCUGCACUUCUUCAGGAUGGCAUCCCUGCCGUCUACUCUGGUAACAGAAAGAGUUCGAUGGAUGGAAUGACUUCGUACGUUAAGACAGUUCUCUGCGAAGGAGGUGUACCACAGAGACCUGUUGUGUUUGUCACUCGGCCAGAACUAGUAGAUGCUAUUAAACAGAAACUGUGCUGCUUGGGAAGUGAUCCGGGCUGGGUCACAGUUUAUGGAAUGGCAGGUUGCGGGAAGACUGUUUUAACAGCAGAAGCUUUAAGGGAUCAUCAUCUCUUGGAAGGUUAUUUUCCAGGAGGAGUUCACUGGAUCUCUGUUGGAAAACAGGACAAAGCAGGACUCCUAAUAAAACUUCAGAAUCUCUGUAGUAGAUUAGAACAUGACUCCACUCUUUCACAAAGGCCACCACUUAACAUUGAGGAGGCUAAAGAUCGUCUUCGUUUACUGAUGCUACGCAAAUAUCCCAGAUCUCUUCUGAUCCUGGAUGACAUUUGGGAUUCCUGGGUAUUAAAAGCAUUUGAUAAUCAAUGUCAGGUUCUUAUCACCAGCAGGGACAGGAGCAUAACAGAUGCUGUGGCAGGCAAUAAGUAUGAGGUUCAUGUGGAAAGUGGAUUAGCACAUGAGAAAGGACUGGAGGUUUUAUCCCUAUUUGUGAAUAUGAAAAUAUCAGAACUGCCAGAACAAGCUAACUGCCUUGUAAGGGAAUGCAAAGGUUCUCCUCUUGUGAUAUCCUUGAUAGGUGCAUUGUUAAGAGACUUCCCCAGUCGCUGGGAAUACUAUCUGAAGCAGCUGCAGAAUAAGCAGUUUAAAAGAAUAAGAAAAUCUUCUUCAUAUGAUUAUGAAGCCCUUGAUGAAGCAAUGUCCAUAAGUGUUGAGCACCUGAAUGACAAUUAUAAGGACUACUAUAAAGACCUCUCUAUCCUCCCAAAAGAUGUUAAAGUACCUACUAAGGUUCUCUGUAUUCUUUGGGAUAUGGAAACUGAAGAAGUUGAAGAUAUACUACAGGAAUUUGUUAACAAAUCGCUGUUGUUCUGUGAUCGUAAUGGGAAGUCAUUCCAUUAUUAUUUACAUGAUCUUCAGCUUGACUUUCUUACAGAGAAGAAUCGCAACCAUCUUCAGGAGCUACAUAAAAACAUAGUAAAUCAGUACAAGAAAUAUUACAAACUUAAUACACCUGUUCCAUCUCAAGAGGAUUGCAUGUAUUGGUAUAACUUCCUAGCAUAUCAUAUGGCUGGUGCCAACAUGCAGAAGGAACUCCGUGAUCUUAUGUUUUCUUUAGAUUGGAUUAAAGCUAAAACUGAGUUGGUAGGGCCUGCUCAUCUGAUUCAUGAAUAUGUAGAAUAUAGUUCAAUCCUGGAUCAAAAGGAUAGCACAGUACGUGAGAACUUCCAGGAAUUUCUGUCCUUAAAUGGGCACCUGCUUGGACGACAGCCAUUUCCUGACAUUAUACAGCUGGGUCUUUGCCAAGCAGAGACAUCAGAGGUGUAUCAACAAGCCAAGCUACAUGCUCAAAGUGAAACAGGAACAUUUUAUUUGGAAUGGAUAAAUAAAAAAUCCUUGAAAAACCUCUACCGUCUGGUUGUUCGUCCACAUAGAGAUGCAGUUUACCAUGCCUGCUUUUCUAAAGAUAGACAAAGAAUAGCAUCAUGUGGAGCUGAUAAAACACUUCAGGUGUUCAAAGCAGAAAGUGGCGAGAGACUUCUGGAGAUAAGUGCCCAUGAUGAUGAAAUACUGUGCUGUGCUUUCUCUGCAGAUGGUGAAUUUGUAGCAACUUGUUCUGCUGACAAAAAAGUGAAGAUCUGGAAUUCAAGAACAGGCCAAUGUAGGUGUGUUUAUGAAGAACACUCAGAGCAGGUCAAUUGCUGCCAGUUCAAUAAUGGAAGUGGUCAGUAUCUUUUAGCCACCUGCUCAAAUGACACUUUCAUCAAACUUUGGGAUUUGAACAAGAAGUAUUGCAGAAAUACGAUGAUGGGUCAUGAAAAUUCUGUCAAUCACUGUAGAUUUUCACCAGAUGAUGAGUAUGUUGCUAGCUGCUCAACAGAUGGAACAGUAAAGCUUUGGCAAGUGCGCUCAGCAAAUGAACUGAAAAGUAUUGAGAUAAAAGAUUUCUUCAAAAAUGCAGAUGAGCAACCAGAUGAUGUAGAGGUUUUAGUAAAAUGUUGCUCUUGGUCCAGAAAUGGUGACAUGAUUUUGGUGGUAGCCAAAAAUAAGCUUUUGCUUUUUGGUAUUAAAACAUGGGAUUUGUUAACCCAAGUCAUCAUGAGUCAUCACACUACAAUCCAAUACUGUGACUUUUGUCCUGAUGAUGAGUUAAUAGCAGUUGCUUUGUCUCACUGUUCUGUUGAGUUAUGGAAUAUUAAAUCUUUAUCAAAAGUGGCAUAUUGCAGGGGACACAUGAGCUGGGUUCAUUGUGUGGCAUUUUCGCCAGAUGGAUCUUUAUUUCUGACAUCAUCUGAUGACCAGACAAUACGUAUUUGGGAAACAAAGAAGGUCUGCAAGUCUUCUGAUGCUGUGCUAAAAAGUGAAUUAGAUGUUGUAUUUCACAAUGAUGAAGUGAUGAUUUUGGCAAUUUACAAUCAGAAGCAUUUACAACUUAUCAAUGGAAAUACAGACAGUGUUGUUAUACAGACAGUAGCUCAAGAAUCCCCCAUUUCCUGCUGUUGCUUAGGUGAAGAUCUUAAGUUUGCAGCUUUUGGACAGGAGAAUGGAACAAUAAAGGUAUUACAGUUGUUGGAUGGGAAAGUUCUGAAGUCCCGGGAGGCCUACAGGACAUCUGUGCAGCAUUGUCGGUUUACAUCUGAUUAUCAGACUCUCAUUUCAAAUGCUCAUGAUUCAGUUAUACAGGUAUGGAAUUGGCAGUUGAAUGAAUGUGUGUUUCUAAGAGGGCAUAAGGAAGCAAUCAAGGAUUUUAGACUUCUGGAAAAUUCAAAACUCCUUUCUUGGUCAUUUGAUGGAUCCGUUAAGGUUUGGAAUAUCACUACUGGAAACACAGAAAAAGAUUUUGCUUGCCAUGGAGGUACUGUUCUUUCCUGUGCUGUUUCACCUGAUGGAAGUAAAUUUUCAUCUACUUCUGCUGACAAAACUGCGAAGAUAUGGAGCUUUCUGACUUCAUCUGUUCUUCAUGAGCUGAAAGGUCACGAAGCCUGUGUGCGGUGCUGUGCUUUCUCUCCUGAUAACAAAUUAUUGGCCACUGGAGAUGACAAAGGAGAAAUAAGGAUCUGGGACAUGUUAACAGGCGCUUUACUUCACUUCUGCUCCCCAGUUACUGUAGACGAAGGAGAACCAACGCAUGGUGGUUGGGUAACAGACCUCUCAUUUUCUCCUGACAGUAAAAUGCUUGUGUCUUCUGGAGGCUAUCUUAAGUGGUGGAAUGUAAAUACUGGAGAAUCCUUACAGACCUUCUACACAAAUGGAACAAACCUCAAGUCAAUACAUGUGUCCCCUAAUUUCAAAGUGUAUGUGACUGUUGAUAAUCUUGGUAUUCUUUAUGUAUUACAGAAGAUGUGA